CUCUCUCCAGGGCGAAGAGGAGGGCAGGCAGUACAAUACAAGCUCUUGGACACAAAUCUACCUGGAAAUCUAUAUUCCUCCUCCUCUGAGCAGCACCUUUUUUCUGUGACCUUCUGUGACUUGUGGAUAACUGGGUCUGAGCCAUGCCUCCCAGCACUCCUGUCCCUCCUAACAAGAGGAAGAAGGCCUACAAGAUAAUCACUGACCUGUCCAACAUCAGCCAGGAUGAUGAUGAGUCAGACUCUGAGGCUGCUGAGUUUGACCUGGGCACCAAGAUCAAGACGCCCAAGGACACCAUGCUGGAGGAGCUCUCUUUGAACACAAACAAGGGCUCCAAGAUGUUCAGGAUGAGACAGCAAAGAGUCGAGAAGUUCAUCGUGACCACCAUGAACAAGCAGAAUCUCGAGAACAUGUUGAUGUGCCCCCCUCCUGUCCCACCAAAGCCUGAUGUAACAAAGGAAGAAGUCGUAGAAGAGAUAUUGGAUGAGAAAGCAGAGAAGGAGAAGAGAAGGAAGCAGUAUGUACCCAUCUACGUAUCACCAUGGGAACGGGCCAUGAGGGGCAACGAGGAGCUGAGAGCCACCAUGAGGUCUUGCAUGCCGGGACCCAUCCAAGAGCACCUUGACCUGCCAAUGUACAAGAGCUUCAACAGGACCGCGCUGCCAUUUGGCGGCGUAGACAAGGUGUCCAAGACGUUGACCUUCGAACUCCCACAGUUCAAUGAUGGCACAGACGAGAUGGAGCUUUUGCCCGGCCAGCAGGGGGACAUGCGCACACGGCCCUCAUUCAACCGCACGCCCAUUGGAUGGAUCUGCAGUGAGGACAACUCAAACCUCCACAUGGACAUGGACAUCAUCCCCUUCGAUGAGACAGACGACCUGUGAACACGCAUGCACACACAAGCAAUACAUGCACUGGAACUCAUACACACACAUGAAGAAAACACCCUCACAUGAGUGAAUAAAUGAGAACAUUAGGCACAGUUUAUAAUUCACACCACAUGACUGACGACAUGAUGAUUGGUAGAACUACUGGAAAAAAAACAACUUAAAAAACGACUUGAUGGAAAAUGACUUAGAAUCUCCCAUAUGUGUGCUUUCUAAUCCCAUCAUCUCCAACCAUGAUUGAGUCUUACCCAUAUCUAGCAUGCUGUGAAACGAUGUAAGACCUGUGUGAAUAGGUACAUAUGAGCACUCUGCACUCUUAAAACAAUGUAUUUAUGCAAUAAAGUCCCCUUUACAAAAGGUC